CUUUCCGUGAGCGCGGAAUUUUGAAAACAACAGCGAACAGCUGCCGAAAACUCUGGGUCGAGAAUCAUCCGAAAAUUGCCACGAUCAUCAUGGCAUGCAUUACAGAUGCAAACAUGGUGAAUUGGUUUAGUAGCACAAUGGAAGACAUACGCAACAAAAUGCUUGUUCAGGGAUCGGCCGAGAUGACGGAGACAGGCAUGGAUUGGGUUCAAACCCACCGACAGUUUGUCAAAUCUGUUCUCGAUACAUGUUCAAAGAAAGUCAAGGAUGAUGAAAUAAUAUUUGAAACUAUAGACUCGUACAAAACAGACUUGCAAAAGAAAAAUGCCUCAAUGGUGGAGAAGAGAAAUGCCAUUGCGAAGAGGCUGUCUGAAGUGGAAGGGAAGGACGUACAGAAAAGCAAGAUCAUUGAAAAGAUUGAGAUGAUCCGAGUGGAACAAGCCAAGAAGAAAGAAUUGAUCGUGUCCCAAAACAAAGCCAACAAAGACAGACUGAAAAAUCUCAACAAAGCCAAGCAGGUGUUUCAGGACCGGCUAGGAUUGGAAAUUAGAAAAAUUCAUGGUGAGAAAUUGCAGUUUAUCUUCCGAGACAUCAACCAAAAAGACUCAGAAUGUGUAUACACCUUCAUGCUGAGGAUCAACGAAGGAGGAUUAUACCAGAUUGUGUCUAAUGACCCACCACUGGAUUGCAUGGCCCACUUGGAGCAGAGACUUCAGGAGACCAACAACUUCUCUGCUUUUCUUGCAAAUGUUCGGAGAGAAUUUGUCACUCUUAAAACCUGAGGAGUAAAAAAAAUCUGUUUAAUAUCUUAA